CAAUCCCUUCCCCAGCUCUGGCUCCGCCUCCCGACCCCGCCUCUUCGGCCCGGCUCCCGGGCCUGCGCGGGCGCGGCCUUAUCGCCUCCGGACCCCGGCCGUCCGGCCGCCCCGGGGUCCAACAGAAUGUACCAAAUCCCACUGCCUCUAGAACGUGAUGGAACCCUGGUCCGGCUGCGCUUCACUGUUGUGGCUUUGGCUACUGUUUCUUGUCCCCUCUUGGCCUUUCUCUUCUGUGUUAUCUGGUCCCUGUUCUUCCACUUCAAGGAGACCACAUCCACCCACUGUGGGGUAGGCCCCCUCAGGAUGCUCCCCACGGCCUCUCAGCCUCUGGACCCUGAAGGGACUGUGUUUCGAAUGCGCUUCACUUCUCUGGCCUAUUGGGUCAUCACCUUCCCCGUCUUCGGCUUCUUCUUCUGCAUCUUCUGGUCCCUCUUGUUCCACUUUGAAUACACAGUGGCUACUGACUGUGGGGUGCCCAAUUAUCUUCCAUCGGUGAGCUCAGCUAUUGGUGGGGAAGUGCCCCAGCGGUACGUCUGGCGUUUCUGCAUUGGCCUGCACUCCGCCCCCCGCUUCCUGGUGGCCUUUGUCUACUGGAACUACUACAGGAACUGCCCUUCACCCUGCUUUGGCUAUGACCAGCUCUGCCUCCUCAACUUGGGCCUCAACCUCCUGGAGAAUGUGGCCCUGCUUCUGCUCACCUAUGUCUCCUCCUCAGAGGACUUCACCAUCCAUGAGAAUGCCUUCAUUGUGUUCAUCGCUGCGGCUCUGGGCCACAUGCUGCUAACCUGUAUUUUGUGGCGCCUGACAAAGAAACAUACAGUAAGUUUGGAGGAACGCAAGUCCUACAGCUGGAAACAACGAUUUUUUAUUAUCAACUUUGUCUCUUUCUUUUUGGCCCUAGCCGUCUACUUCCGGCACAAUAUGUACUGUGAGCCAGGAGUGUACACCAUCUUUGCGGCCCUUGAGUAUACUGUGGUUCUGACUAACAUGGGCUUCCACAUGACUGCCUGUUGGGACUUCGGCAACAAAGAGAUGCAUAUUACCUCCAUCCUGAUGGAAGAUAAAAGAUUCUGAGUCCUACCUCUCUCUCCCAAGAAGGCCAGGCUGGGCCAUGUUGGAGAAGACACAGCCUGAUUAGAAGGGUGCAGAGAGGACAGAGAAUGCACUUCCUGCCCUAUCCCUCAGAUUUGCCCACUCCCAGAAACUAAUGGAGAAAAUAUAGAAUUCUUGUCCCUGGUC